AAUAGAGCAGAAUUAUUUUUGUUAGAGACUGACUCACCAUCAUUGCGUUUUCAAACGUGUUACUGAUAUGUUGUAGCGUAACAAAUAGAUAACUAAAUAUUCAAAAUGGUAAAUAAAAGUACCUUUCUCAUUUUAACAAUUGUAUCAUAUGUGGCUAGUAGUGCACUGAAAGAUAGCGUAGGUCAACAACUAUUCUUGGCAAAAAGUUAUAACUACAAUCAUCCACCCUUGUUUGAAGCAAAUAAAGAUCUGGAAGAUAAAGAUGCCUUUGAAGUGAGGAAAAUACGUCAAGCAAAAUCAAUGGAUCAAGCGGAUAAACAUUAUCCAAUAUCAUCAAAUUUAGAGUCAGAGAUACCAGUAACAGUGGUUUAUGAUUCAGGCCUUGAAACUUCAAAUUUAAACAGAAUUAAGAAACGUAAGCUAAGAAGGCGGCUAAAUUCCUCACAAGAAAAAAUAAAUGCGACAAAAAUAGAAGAAAAUAAAGUUUUGAACUAUGAAAAAGAAAGUUCAACGGAAAACCCUAUUAUUACAACACCAAGUCCUAAAACAGUUGUUCCAAAAGUUUUUACUAAGAGACCACAGCAGUAUAACCCAGUCGUAAAGACGGUUAGACAGCGGCAGCGUGAAGAACCUGAAGUAAAAAUUGUGAACUCAUCUAAUUAUGUAUAUUCUCAUAAUGGCAACUACCAUUAUAGUUACGAAGGCACUGAUGGAACAGUAAUUUCCAGUGAAGGCGGCUUGAAGUCUUUCGAUAACGAUAAAACUGGCGAAUCCGUUGUUGGCAGCGUUCAUUACAAAGACAGAGAUGGGAAUGACGUUAAUUUGACGUAUACGGCGGAUGAGAAUGGGUAUCGACCCCACGGUGAUCAUUUACCAACGCCACCGCCAAUCCCCCCAGCUAUCGCCCGCGCUCUCAAGUAUCUUGCUACGAAGACAACGCCCGAGCCAGUUACUGAACCGACGAAGAUAGAUUAACUUUUUGUGAAACUUGCUAAAUCGAAACAAUUUGUAUGUGUUAAUAAGGUCCGAUUUUGUAUGCUUAUAUUUUCAGAAUAAAAAUAGGCUUAUUUUAUUA